AAGUACACAAGAAAGAAGAAAUAGAAGCUUGGCUGUAGAAGGACCCGGUGCACUCUGCACAGCUGCACUUUGACAUUUCCAGAGUGCUGUGCACCACGAUCCGCGACGUCUGCUCUAACUUUACCAGCCCCUAGGAGGAGUCAUUCAGUCAGUCAGUCAGUCAGCCAGCCCGGCACCCCUCGAUCACCCAACCUCUCUCUCUCUCCUCCACCCAAGGCACGUGGAAUCUCGCCUUUAAGAACACUCCAGAUCCCUCUCCUUGUCACCCGCCCUUCAAGAAAAAAGACCCGCCACAUCGAAACUGGCACAUCGAAACUCGGGGUCAGGCAAAUGCAGUCGAGUCGAAAACCAUGGACCAAGACACGAGACCACUAGCUUCUCUCUCCCUGACACACGUCUACUAUGACCCCGACGAUUCCCUCUCCUUCCUUUGCGCAUGGCUCGCCCUGCUCCCGCAAGCCCUCUGCAUCGUCUACGCGACCCUGAUCUGGUCCACCCGCGAAGUCGAAAUCGCCCUCAUGUUCGCCGGCCAGCUAGGCUGCGAAGCCAUCAACUUCGCCCUGAAGCGCCUGAUCAAGGAGGAGCGCCCCCGCCGCAUCCACGGAAAGGGCUACGGCAUGCCCAGCUCCCACGCCCAGUUCGUCGCCUACUGGUCCGUCUUCCUCGUCCUCUUCUUGCUCGUCAGGCACCGUCCCUCGUCCGCGCGCCGGCACCACCGGCCGUACUCGCUCGUCGAGCGCGUCGUCGUCAGCGUCGCCGCGCUGGGCAUCGCUGCUGCUGUGGCGUGGAGCCGGAUAUACUUGAAUUACCAUACCGAGAAGCAGGUGAUGGUGGGGUGCUUGGCCGGGACGGUGUGUGCUAUCGGUUGGUUCUUGGUUACGGCUAUUGCGAGGGACUUUGGGCUCUUGGCCUGGGGCCUGCAGACGCCUGUUGCGCGGCUGUUCAGGUUUCGGGACUUGGUUGUGGAAGAAGACCCAUGCCAGGCUGGCUGGGAUAAGUGGGAGGAGAGGCGUGUUGAGGCAGACCAGCAGAAGACGAAAUGAAAGAAGAACUGCGUUGGCUUGUUGGGUAAUAGAGUUUCGCAGGGCUUUGAGCAUCAAAAUAAAUCAAAUCCAUUACCACGAGCCUGGCUG